CACGUUACGCGCUGAUGUCACGGGCCGACAGCCAUGGCGUCCCUGGAUGCUGAGUGUGAGCCCAGCAUCGCGGGCCAAGCAGCAGCAGAGGCAGAGAUCGGUGUGUUGGAGCCAGGUGCUGGGAACAAACCAAGUACAGGGACUGGUGACACCGCUGAACCGGCCUCCCGGAGACUGAGUCAGGGAGCAACCGCUAUAGUGAACCCCACCAGCGAUUCAAUGGGAAACAUCACCUCGCAGAGCAGCAAGGAGGUUCCUCGCUGCGGGGCCGGGCCGGAGGCUGAGGCACGUCCCCCUGAGGCCGAGGGUCCGGGGGGCCGAGGGGACGAGACGGGAAGCAGGGAGACCCCGUGUAAGUCCGGCGAGGCUUGUCCAAACUUGGAGCCGCAUCAUGCUGACACCGGGCCUGUCGCCCGCACCGCGCCCCAGCCCCUACCCAAAGGACACGCGACCAAAACCUUUCCUGCCUCCCCCACCAAGGCACCGGGGGCCAACCGUGCCAAGAUGACUCUCACCGGAGUCAGCAAAUCUACCAACACCAUGCAGAGCCUGGCCAUGAAGUUGCUGAGUGUGCCGAGCUGCCGGGGGGGCAAGGAGCCCCUUCCAGCGUCCCCCGCCACGCCCGCUGCCCCAGCCCAGGACAACAAGCCCAAGAUCCACAAGGCCCGCAAGUCCAUCUCCAGACCUGCCCAGAGGCCUCUGGCCGAGAUGAGGAGCCACCCCCCGGAGUGGGGGGGCCAGACGGCGGCUGCUGGGGGGCCAUCGGAGGUGGAGUACGUGGCCGCGCAUCCAGAGGAGAAUCUCGAGAGCCACAGGGCCAGGAAGUCCAUCAUGAAAGGCAGUUUCAGUCAGAGCUUGGCGGAGAAGUUGUCCAGCCUGCCCAUUGAGCGCCUGAGCCAGCUGGCGGGGGGAGGCGGGGAGGUGGAACACGUGGCCCAACCCCACGACGAGGGCCCAGAGAUCCACAGGGCCAGGAAAUCCAUCAUGAAAGGCGGCUUCAGCCAGGCAUUGGCGAUGAAGCUGUCCAGCCAAGCGCACAGUGCAGCUUCCCAUGACAAUCCGGAGUGUCCGGAGGUCCACCGGGCCAGGAAGUCGCACCUGGGAGGAAGUUUCAGCCAGAGCUUGGCCCGGAGCCUGGCGAGCGAGACCGUCAGCCAGGGUGGCGGCGGCGUUUCCACGGCAACGGCGGAAAGGCCAACCGUCCCCCGGGGACUGGCGGAGAAACCGAAACUUCACCGGGCGCGGAAGUCCAUGUUCAAGUCCAGCCCGGCCCAGAUCAAGCUUGUGGAGAUGAAAGGGGACUUGGAUCGCAGCGGCUCGAUGCAGCAGACCACCCAGCUACAGUUUGACAUGCUACCUGGCAGAGGGCCAGGUGAAGGCAGCACAGGCCUGGUCAAGAGACGCAGGCCGGAGAGCCUGGGGCCGGAGUCGGCCAGGGCAAACAGCCUCCUGAAGGAAGAGAUGGCCAAGGAGGUCCCCCCGCUGGGGCCGAUGCGAGGGGGUCACGGCGCCAGGGCAUCCGUCAGCUCGGGGUCGGCUGAAGCGCUGAGCAGGGCGCGGGGACACGAGAUGAAGGCCGUCGGCAGUGGAGCCACUGCCAUCCCAGUGCUGGACCUCUCCAAGGAGGCAGAAAGCCAAGACAAGGAGGAGAUCGUGGACCCGUGGGCUGCGGAGGUGGGCGAUGAUUACAGCUUCUUCUACGACAGCUACUCCGUGGAUGGCAGGGCCGACUCCGACAAGUCCAGCAAGACGGAGGGCGACGUUGGUGAGGACCGCCUGAGCGACGUGGAGGAUGAAGAGGAGGAGCUAGAAGGUUCCGGAAACCACUCCGAUCGGAGCUCCAGCUCCAGUUUGAAGAGGAAAGGCAAGAAGAAGUGGAAGAACGAGAGUCCGUGGGUCAAGCCCAGCCGUAAGCGCAGGCGGAAGGACCGCGUCAAGCCGGGGAAGGGUGGAGCAGCGGUCAGUUCAGCGCGGGGAGGAGGUGCCCCGGCACAGAGCGAGUACACAGAGGUUCCCCUCAGCUCCUUGGAACUCCCCAACGACAACAGCCUUUCUCCAGAACCCACCGGAGCCUCCAACGACGCCAGCUCCAUGGAGACGGACAAGUACGAGGAGCUGCCGCUGUGUAGUUGCCGCAUGGAGGCACCGAAGAUCGACCGCAUCACCGAGCUGUCCAACAACACCUGUAUGGCCACCGAGAGCACCGAUGGACAGCUGGGUGGCUGCAGGAACAGCAUCACCAAGUGUGAGACCAUGCGGCCCAGCAGCCGGGUACCGCUCAUGGUACUGUGUGAGUCUCACCGUGCCCGCAUGGUCAAACACCACUGCUGCCCGGGCUGUGGGUACUUCUGCACCGCGGGCUCGUUCCUGGAGUGCCACCCUGACUUCCGCAUCACCCACCGCUUCCACAAGGGCUGCGUGUCGCAGCUGAACGGCAUGAUCUUCUGCCCCCACUGCGGCGAGGAUGCAUCCGAGGCCCAGGAGAUCACCCUGGCCAAGGCCGACACCUCCAGCACCGCCCCUCUACCCCCACCGCCCCGCGCCCAGGACCACCUGCUCAACGGCCGCCCAGACUCCACGCACGCCAGCGCCAGGAUGAGCGGGAACGGCGAGGCAAAGAGGUGGAGCCUGGGGCCUCCAGCGGACGACAUCGACAGCUCGGGCCCCGCCAUCACCCUGGCCAACGGCAAGGUGCUGUCUGCUGUCGGCCUGCCCACCGGGCCCGGCAGAGAGGCCCUGGAGAAGGGGCUGGCCCUGCAGCAGUCCGAGCGGCGUAAGAAGCUGCGCUUCCACCCACGCCAGCUGUACCUGUCAGCCAAGCAGGGCGAGCUGCAGAAGGUGCUCCUGAUGCUGUUGGACGACCACGAUCCCAACUUCCAGAACGACCAACAUAGUCGGCGGAUGCCCCUGCACGCUGCCGCUCAGAAAGGCUACCUGGAGAUCUGCCACAUCCUGCUGCAGGCGGGUGCGAUCGUGGACGUGUGUGACAAGCUACAGCGGACGCCGUUGAUGGAAGCCAUCAUGAACAACCACUAUGAGGUGGUCAAGCUGCUGGCCAAGCAGGGGGCCUGUGUAUUCCACAAGGAGUUGGACUUAUCCUCGUGCCUCCACCACGCCGCCAAGAAUGGGAGUGUCCAGAUGGUGCAGUUCCUGCUCACCACCGGACAAGUAGACCUCAACACGCAGGACAGUGGUGGAUGGACUCCAGUUAUCUGGGCCGCUGAACACAAGCACAUUGAGAUCAUCAAGUUGUUACUGGACCGAGGAGCCAGCGUGGCCCAGAAGGACAAUGAGGAGAACAUCUGCCUGCACUGGGCUGCCUUUGCCGGUUCGUCGGACAUCGCAGAGGUGCUGCUGAACGCGCGGUGUAACAUCCAGGCGGUGAACAUGCACGGCGACACGCCCCUGCACAUCGCGGCUCGCGAGAACUUCUACGACUGCGUCAUACUCUUCCUGUCGAGGGGUGCGGACAUCGAGGUGAAGAACCGUGAGGGUGACAGCCCGUUGGACUGCUGCGUGGUCAACUCCCAGGUGUGGUUCGCUCUGCAGCUGAACAAGCGGCUGAAGCAGGGGGUGGUCAACCGAGCCGUGCGUACAGAGAAAAUCGUCAGCAGGGACAUCGCGCGCGGGUACGAGAACGUGCCGAUACCCUGCGUGAACGCGGUGGACGAGGAGAUGUCUCCAGAGGACUACAAGUACAUCUCCGAGAACUGCGAAACAUCCACCAUGAACAUCGACCGGAACAUCACGCACCUACAGCACUGCACAUGUUUGGACGACUGCUCCUCCAGCAACUGUCUCUGUGGCCAGCUGAGUAUCCGCUGCUGGUACGACAAGGAUGCACGACUGUUGCAAGAAUUCAACAAGAUCGAACCGCCACUCAUCUUCGAGUGCAACCAAGCGUGUUCCUGCUGGAGAUCGUGCAAGAACCGCGUGGUCCAAAGUGGAAUCAAGGUCAGGCUGCAGCUGUAUCGGACAGAGAAGAUGGGCUGGGGUGUCAGAGCCCUGCAGGACAUUCCUCAAGGCACCUUCAUCUGCGAGUACGUGGGUGAGAUCAUCUCUGACGCGGAGGCUGAUGUCCGUGAGGAUGACUCCUACCUGUUCGACCUGGACAACAAGGACGGGGAGGUGUACUGCAUUGACGCCCGCUACUAUGGGAACGUGAGCCGCUUCAUCAACCACCUGUGUGACCCCAACAUCAUCCCCGUGCGGGUCUUCAUGCUCCACCAGGACCUGCGAUUCCCCCGCAUCGCCUUCUUCAGCAGCCGCGACAUCCGCACAGACGAGGAGCUGGGGUUUGACUACGGAGAUCGGUUCUGGGACAUCAAGUGCAAGUAUUUCACCUGUCAGUGCGGCUCAGAGAAAUGCAAGCAUUCGGCAGAGGCCAUCGCCUUGGAGCAGAACCGACUGGCCAGGAUCGAGGCCUUCCAGGAGAGCAUGCCCGAGGGUGGCCUGACCAUCAUCACCCCCCCCCGAAAUCCCCAGAUGAUGAUUUGGGUUUGGAGAGAAGCGGACAAAAUGGUGGCGGGCGGGACCAGCGGAACGGGACACCUUUCGGGUUGA